AUGAAUUUUUUAAAUUAUAUUUUAUUUGUGUUAGUUGUUGUUGAGACUGGGAGUAAAAAUAAGCUUAUAGCACCUGUACAUGCAUUACUAGCUAAUGAACAAAAGUUUGUUGAAGACAGACAUAAUUGGCGUCGUUCCCAACUGGCAGGUGGGCAAUCACAAAACAAAACGGGGAUGAUGCCUACAGGCAAAAAUAUUUGGACAAUGAAAUACGACGCAUCUUUAGAGGCUAGUGCCCAAGCAUGGACCAAUCAAUGUACUAUGACCCAUUCUGGUAGUCCUAAUGGGGAGAAUGGCUGUUUCCUUGGCAAUCAAGAGACUAAUGUGGUAAAUGCUUUAUCAACUUGUUGUGAUCUUUGGUGGGCAGAACUUGUGAAUAAUGGAGCUCCUAGCGAUUUGGUAUUGACAAGUUCAAAUUGGUAUCCUACUGGGCAUUGGAGUCAAAUGGCCUGGGCAAAUACUUUAAAAGUUGGUUGUGGCUUCGCUUACUGUCCUAACAGUACUUAUAAAACUCACAUUUUCUGUCAAUACAGUCCACCCGGAAAUUACAUGGGACAAAAAAUUUAUGAGCCUGGACCAGUUUGUAGUGGUUGUAAUGUAGUCAAUGGACAAUUGCAGUGCCAAUAUGGACUCUGUAUUUGA